AUGGCAAACAUCCCAAAUGGGGAUGAAAAUCAAUUUGAGCAAUUGAUCAACGCGUGUGAUAAUGACCCAAUACUGAGUCUGCAGAAAACAUUCCAAACUGCCUAUGAAAGCCACAGAACAAACAGGAACGCUCUCUUCAAUGACAAAAUCAGCCAGCCUGGAUUCUGCGAUUGGAAAGAAGACCAGAUCUUGAAUCAAGUUCUCGAAGCAGAAAAAGGCUUGACGAACUACGUUGAUCCACGAAGCAACCUCGCGUUCUGGGCACGUCCUCCCCAGCAUGUUCGAGAAUUGGUUUCCAAGAUACAGCAGCAGAUUGCUACGUUGGCUGGCCCCGGCCUGUGGUUUGUUCCACCCGAGAACCUACACAUGACGACGUUGGAGAUCUGCUGUGAAAAGAACCGAGAACAAAUUGCUGAAUUGAUUGACAAAAUUGACUCAAAGAUGUGGGAAGAUAUGGCGAACUACACCCUAGACCACCGUGCUCGACUGGUCAAGCCCGUUAUAAGCUACGACACCUCUGCUCUGGCUCUGAGUUUUGUUCCCGCGGCCGGCGAGGAUGACGCCGCAGCUUAUAGCGGGAAAGAUGAUGAGUUUACCUAUCAUCACCUACGCCGGGAUCUUUACAACAAGGUGACUACGAACGGUGUCCCAAUCGGCGCUAGGUAUACAGUGCCCUCAGCGCAUGUUACCAUCGCCCGGGUGGUGAAACCAGCUAUGGCCACUGAAAGUAAUUCAGCCUCUCCGGUAGAACCCGAUGCGGAGGUUGCGCAGCUGGUUACUGGAAUUGAGGAUCUGAAUUGUGAACUCCGCUCGAAUGUGUGGAGACGAUUGGGAGAUCCUUCUCAAGGCGAGUGGGUUGUUGGCCAUGAGAAGGGAUUGGAACUUAUCUGGGGCACAACGUGUUGGCGCUGCCAAAUCCGGUUAGCGUACACCCUAUCGGGCCUAAGCGAGUGCAAUCCCACACACCAAGAAAUCGCUCUUGCUCUCCUCCGACAAGCGACAAUCCAACGACCACCACCCAGCUAUCCGGCCAAGUCAGUCAAAAUGGUCAACAUCCCCAAAACCCGCCGGACGUACUGCAAGUCCAAGGACUGCCACAAGCACACCCAGCACAAGGUCACCCAGUACAAGGCUGGCAAGGCCUCCCUCUUCGCUCAGGGUAAGCGUCGUUACGACCGGAAGCAGAGCGGUUACGGUGGUCAGACCAAGCCUGUCUUCCACAAGAAGGCUAAGACUACCAAGAAGGUCGUCCUGCGUCUUGAGUGCACUCAGUGCAAGACCAAGAAGCAGCUCGCCCUGAAGCGCUGCAAGCACUUCGAGCUGGGUGGUGACAAGAAGACCAAGGGUGCUGCUCUGGUUUUCUAA